AUGCCCCCACCACCACCGCAAGAUAUUACUGGUAAUGCUGUCGCGUCACGUCAAAGAUACCACUACACUGCUGCCGGUAAGUUCUAGUGUUUUUUGGCGGAUGAUGGAUGAAGACUGAUGCGUGUUUUCGUUCGAAAGACCUGCAAAUCCUCCAUGAAAUCGUUUCGCUCGCCUCCGUUAUUCCGGAGAACAGGUCGUUCCGCGCAAUAUGGAGGGCUUACGAUACCGUUCUUGCUGCUAGGCAGAUCAAUCCUGCUCUGGAUAGCGUGUACUUUAGGUUUAUACUCCAGCUACAGGGAGCGGAGGGAAACACACUUUAUGAUAAGUUCAUGCAAUUGCUUGAUGCAUGUCGCCCUGCUGUUUCCGUGUGUUCGCAGCCUACUAACGGAAUCAAUAGAACCAGGGAGUUGACAUCUCGGAAACGAGGUUUUUGGAAACGCCGGCGGCGACGUCGGACUACACAAGGCGAAGAUAUGAGGAGGCAAGGCAGAGAAGGGAUAUGGCCACCGGAGCGUAUGCCGCCUCGGAGCAGGAGGGAGGAUACACCGCGGAGGAUGAGUAUGAUAGACAGCAUGAUCGACCUCCCCCGCGCCGGACUGCUGUCGAGGCCCGUUCCUCCAAGCGUUCAUCGGGGAGCCAGGUCGGGGAUAGGUCACCCCGUGAGAGUGCCAUUAGAGCGGCGGAACUCGCGGCGGAGUCUCGUCGCGAAGAGGUUAGACAUCGCAGGGAGCAAUUGGCAACGGGGGAAUACGGACUUGAGGCGUCCAGUAUCCCAGACCCUCCCCGUGUGCCGGAGAAUGCCGCGGAUGCACUCUAUAACCUCCGGAUGCGUACCGUUCUGCGGGAGCACUUCCAUCAUUGGCAUCUGGUGACAAUUCAACGUGUGGUACGUCGACGAUCGCUCGAGCAGAUUGCUUUUCUCCAUGAUCGCAGAACUCUUUUACGGCAGGCUUUUGACACUUGGCAGGAAACAAGAUGGUUUGCUGUCGUCGAGCGCCGGGCUGAAGUGCGGUACAAUUCCGGGCUCCUAGCUAGCGCGUUCCGUCUCUGGAUCCGGAAGACGGCGGCCAUUGUCCAGCGGUCCCAGGAAGUUCGAGAGCGAAUCCUCGCGAGGAAAUAUUUCGGUGCUUGGAGGCAGGUGGUCGUCGAAAACAACGCGAAAAUUCGACUCUUCCAACUAUCUGGCGCACUUUUGAAAUGGAGGAACAGCUUGGCUAGGAAGUGGGAGUUGGCAGCGCAAGCACAGGAAGUUUUCGAGAGGAAUCUCGCGCACCGGGCCUACUGGACUUGGUUCUUCAAACUCUGUGGGGUGCUAGGUACGAGACGGACUAAGGAGAAACUUUUGCUGGACAAGUUUUCUGUAUGGGUGGACCGCACGGAGGAGAGGAUUCGCUUGAACAGAAUGGCCGGAGCUUUCUUUAGGAGACGUACCCUGCAAGUUGUUUUUGAACAUUGGUCUUUUCGUACCAUCAAAUGCCUUGACCAGGCAGAUAUCGCCGCAGACCACAGGGAAUGGUCUCUGGCUCGCGGUGCUUUCGAGGGAUGGCGUCGAGGGACGCGAUUUACACCUCUACUGGAUGCCAUGGUUGAAUUCGUCAAUGAUCGCAUCGGGGACACAUUUUUUACCUCCUGGAGAACACGAGCGAGGCAGUCCAUCGAGGCUGAGAACGUAUCAAGGACCCGCCUUCUCAAGCCUAUCUUUAGCAAUUGGAGACUGAGAGUAAGACACAACGUUAUGGUUGAACGAGUAGAUGAAAGGGUUGCUAUAUGUACGCUCCAUGAAUGGGUUUUGCGCACGAGGAUUCGGGAAUUCAGAGCGCACAGUGAGAGGGAGUUGAAGGUGGACGCUUUGUCUCGCUGGGUGGGAAGACUCCGGAGUCAGGGAGAUAGGAUGGAAAACCUGUACCAUGAGGUGACUGUCAGGCGGGAUCGCAGGAUUGCCACUGGCGCGCUGCGCAUGUUACGGAGAAAAUUACGACUUAUUCAAUUCUCGGAGAGCGAAGCACGAGCAAUAUACCGAAGCAAUCUUGUCAGCGGGGCACUCGUGAAAUGGAGAGCCGAAAGCGACGUUUACUUGCGGCUUGAUGACUGGGCGGAUGAUGCGGUUUACUAUUUCACUGUCAGAAGAACCCUAAGGGGAUGGAUGAGAGCAUUCAGGGAGUCCAGGAAACAAAGAUUAAGGACGGCCUAUCGCACGGCCGCCCGGAAGACAAAGAGAAAACUUGCAGCAAGGGUUAUUGAGGUUUGGAAAAGCAAAUUCGACAGAAUCCAGGGAAUGAAUGACACUGCGCGAGUCUUCGGUCGUGAGCGGGUGAUAAACACUGCGCUUAAUAUCUUCCAACGGUGGCAGACCCGGGCGCAGGCUAUACUGUCGCUCGCCAUCCAGGCAGAAGAGGCCAGUGACCUCCGGAUUAUGAGACAACAUCUCAUCUCUUGGACCGACCGCCAUAGCCAAAACAUCGAACUCGAAGAACAAGCUAGAGACUUAUCGGAAGAAGCAACUGUGCGGGCAGCAAUUAAGUAUUUCAGUCUAUGGGAGACCAAAACCUGGCACUUGAACAUGCUUCGCAUGACAGCUAGCAGAUUCGAGAGGAAACGAUUCAAGGCACUCUUCAGGAUGUGGAGGAUCCGGACACAGGAUAAUAUCGAUUCCAGACACGAAGAGCAAGAGAGGACGAGAAUACUCAUUCCACCGGGCAUAGAUGAUACAAUUGAAGGAGGUUUUGGCGAGGAUUGGAUUCCACCUCUCCAUCCUGGCGCAGGGCAGUCGAGUACCCCUCCCGGAACGCCAAAUCCUCCGAGAAGUUCGACUGUAGUAAUGCCUACUCCUUGGAGAACAUCUGCUACCACUGUGCUCGCGAGGAGUAGGUUAUUUGGCAGGACACCUGGUGGAACACCAGGUGGUAGAUUAUUUGGGAGAACAGUCGACGGUGCACCCGCAAGCCCACUUCUGAGGUCUACCGUUCGAAGGUCGAGGGAGCUUGGGAGGUCACGAUUGGGGGAGUGA